CCAAUUUCUUCUUCAAUCUUCGCAUGCGAACUCGCAUGCGAGUAGCGUCGACUUUCUAGCGUUGAAGUGUUUGACCAAACUGAUCAAUCCAUUGCGAGCAUCUCUUCCCCUAUCUGCACGCUAACAACGCAAUGCUCAGAUCUGUUUAGAUUAACGUAUUAUUUAAGUUCACCCAAGAGCUUUUAGUCUGACUUGGAAUCAGAUCUAAAGUAUUUUCUGUAAUGGCUGGUCAUGGAAAGCGUUCCCGCACUCAAUCUGACUAUGAUGCCAGAGGAAAUAAAAAGAGGAAUAUGGGUGAUGAUAGAGAGCAGUUUGUGAUUGAUCCUGAAGAUACUGUGUACCGUUAUCUGUGCCCUGUACGAAAGAUCGGCAGUGUUAUUGGUAGAGGAGGUGAGAUUGUUAGGCAACUGAGGAUAGACACCAAAUCAAAGAUUAGGAUCGGUGAGACAGUUCCAGGAUGUGAAGAGCGUGUUAUUACAAUCUACAGCCCCAGUGAAGAGACCAAUUCUGCUGAGGAUGGGAGCAAUUUUGUAUCACCGGCUCAGGAUGCUCUGUUUAAGGUGCACGACAGAGUGGUUGCUGAAGAAUUGCAUAGUGAUGAGGAUACUGAAGGAGGCUACCAAGUUGUAGCUAAGCUUCUUGUACCAUCGGAUCAGAUAGGUUGUGUUAUUGGAAAAGGUGGGGUGAUAGUUCAGAGCAUCCGUAAUGACACUGGUGCCCAGGUUCGUAUACUAAAGGAUGAGCAUUUACCUCGAUGUUCAUUGAGCUCUGACGAACUAGUGCAGAUUUCUGGGGAUCCUGCAGUUGUGAAGAAAGCUCUGCAUCAGAUUGCGACUCGACUUCAUGAUAAUCCAUCUCGAUCUCAGCAUCUGCUUGUCUCUGCUAUGCAUUCUACUGGCGGCUCACUUGUGGGUCCAACUGCAGGAGCACCAAUUGUGGGGAUAGCUCCUCUUAUGGGUGCUUAUGGACGAUAUAAAGGUGAUGCUGGAGAUUGGCCAAGGUCAUUGUACUCUGCUCCAAGAGAUGAAGUAUCAUCAAAGGAAUUUUCAAUUCGCUUGGUUUGCCCAAUGGGAAACAUUGGAGGUGUGAUAGGCAAGGGUGGUGCUAUCAUAAAUCAAAUUAGGCAGGAUUCUGGGGCAACAAUCAAAGUUGAUAGUUCAUCAACCGGAGAUGAUUGCUUAAUCACCAUUUCAAAAAAGGAGUUCUUCGAAGAUACAUUUUCUCCAACAAUAGAGGCAGCUGUGUGUUUACAACCCCGGUGCAGUGAGAAAGUUGAAAGAGAUUCAGGAAUAAUCUCAUUCACAACCCGUCUACUAGUGCCAACCUCACGAAUUGGAUGCCUUAUUGGUAAAGGAGGAUCUAUCAUUACUGAAAUGAGGAGGCUUACAAAGGCUAACAUCCGCAUCUUGUCAAAGGAAAAUCUUCCUAAAAUUGCAUCUGAUGAUGAUGAAAUGGUACAGAUUUCUGGAGACCUCGAUGUUGCCAAGGAUGCUAUUGUGCAAGUCCUCACACGGUUAAGAGCAAAUCUUUUUGAUAAAGAGGGUUCAGUUCCUACAUUUCUUCCAGUGUUGCCAUAUGUUCCUGUUUCAACAGAUGGCUCAGACUAUGACAAUAGAGAUGGCAAACGUCAUGGACGUGGACCCUUGUAUCAAAGUGGGUAUGUUGGCUCAAAUGAUUUGGAAGCUGGUGAUGGUUUUGGAAGCUAUGGCAGUUUACAGCUUGGCAGCAGCAGUGCUUAUGGAGCCUAUGGAAGUUAUUCUUUGGGACGGACUAGCAUCUCUGGGUUGUCUAGUCAGAACAAUGUUUCUCGCAGGAGAAACAAUGGUUACUAAAACUUGGUUGAUGGGUACCUGCAGCUGAGAUUUAUGAAGCCUGAAGCCUGCCUACUGCCUUAACCAGAGGACCAGAUGAACCAGGGUUUGUCCAACUCAUGGCCCUCCUUGACGCUUCUACCUAUGGACCAAACAUACAUGGAGACUAUUAAAAUUGGCCAUGUCCUUUUUACCAUAAUUCCCAAUCUUGAUAACUUGUGCUCCCAAGAACCUAUAAAGUCACGAACCUUUGUUGCUGCAUUCUGAUUCUAAUUUAUGUUUUUAGAACUACAUAUUCUAUGUUGCUAUGAUCCUUGAUAGUUGUAUAUUUGUACCAUUGCUUUUGGCUUUUGUUUUCCUAAUUGUUUCGCAUAAUUUGCAGUUUGAACUUUUUGGUUAUUUGAAUUUAAUGAUGUUGAUUCCUAUUCCUGGUAAGUUGUUCUUUGCAUCAAAUUUUGGUGGAGCCUUGUGUCAUCUGUAUUGCAGGUGCCAAUUUCUUUCCCUAUCUAUAUAAUUGGAAGCAGGUGACGGUAUGUUGCAUUAUUUGCCUGUGAAACUUCCUUCUUAAAAGUUUAAGGGUACUUAUUUGUUGAGUUGAUAAUGGUAUGAAUGUAUUGCAACUCGCUCUGCUAGGUAAGAUUGAAGUCAAAAGCUAACUUGACUAAGACAGUGUAUUGGAAGGCAUGUUUUAUCUUUGGUGAUCCAGAAAUAUUUGUCUUUUCA